AUUCAGUCUCGCGGUACAAUUGGGCCCUUUGCGGUCACGUUGUGGAGCUCCAACGCGAAAGCGAGGAGCCAUUUUAAUAGUGGAUUUAUCAGUGGAUGCGGGGACGAGGCGCGGGCACAGACUGGGAGGAAGAAGCAGGAAGAGUUGAGGGAAUUCCAUGGCGAUGGCCACUCCCAAGAGCCAGCAGCGGACGAGCGGCAGGCGAGCGGCCGCCACUCCGCUCAGCCCGACCCGCAUCUCCCGGCUGCAGGAGAAGGAGGAUCUGGGCAACCUGAAUGACCGGCUGGCCGUCUACAUCGACACGGUGCGCUCGCUGGAGACAGAGAAUAGCACCCUGCAGUUGCGGAUCAACGAGAAGGACGAGGUGACCAGCCGGGAGCUGAGCGGUAUCAGGAGCCUGUACGAGAAUGAGUUGGCGGACGCCCGCAAAUCCCUGGACGAGACGGCCAAGGAUCGCGCCCGGCUGCAGAUCGAACUGGGAAAGCUCCGCGGCGACCACGAUAGCCUGUUACAAAAUUAUACCAAGAAAGAAUCUGAUCUACAUGCAUCCCAGAUCCAUGUUAAGGAUCUUGAAAGUGCACUUCAUUCCAAGGAAGCUAGCCUCCAAACUGCAUUGGGUGGGAAAGAGGCCCUUGAAGAAGAAGUUGAAGAUUUGCAGGCACGCCUUUCAAAGCUAGAGGUUUCUUUAGCAGCUGUGAAUAAGAAACUUGAAGAUGAAACACUCUUGCGAGUUGACCUUGAGAACCGCUGUCAGAGCUUUACAGAAGAACUUGAGUUCCGAAAGAGUAUACAUCAGGAGGAGCUCAAAGAAACUAGAAAGAAACACGAGACCCGUCUGGUUGAAGUGGAUUCAGGUCGCUUUGUUGAAUAUGAGCAUAAACUGACCAAAGCUCUUCAGGAAUUAAGAGAACAACAUGAUCAACAAGUGAAAGCCUAUAAAGAGGAACUGGAGAAAAACUUCCAAAACAAACUUGAAAAUUCAAAGCUUGCAUUGGAGAUGAACACCAAGUCGGCUAAGGCAACUGAAGAGGAGCUAAAGGAAAAUUACAUGAGGAUAGAGAACCUCAGUACUCAGUUGUUAAACUUGCAAAAAAAUGCAAAGGUUUGGCAAGAAAGAGCCCAGGAGUUGGAAGCAUCCCUGGAAAAAGAAAAAGAUGGAAAUCGAAGGCUCUUAACAGACAAGGAGAGAGAGAUGGCUGAGAUUAGAGCACAGAUGCAGCACCAGCUAAAUGAAUAUGAAGAUCUGUUGGAUGUCAAAUUAGCUCUGGAUAUGGAAAUCAGUGCAUACAGGAAACUAUUGGAGGGUGAAGAAGAGAGAUUGAAGCUGUCACCAAGUCCAUCUUCACGGGUGACUGUUUCUCGUGCCACAUCAAGCCGCAGUGUCCGCACAGCUCGUGGCAAGAGAAAGCGUGUUGAUGUUGAGGAGUCUGAUGCCAGCAGCAGUCUUAGCAUUUGCCAUCAGGCUUCUGCCACUGGAAAUAUAGUCCUCGACGAACUGGAUGUUGAUGGCAAAUUUAUACGCCUAAAGAACAAUUCUGAGCAGGAUCAACAUAUGGGUGGCUGGGAACUGAUCCGAAAAAUUGGUGAUGGAGUUGUCUCCUACAAGUUUACCACUAAGUAUGUGUUGAAGGCUGGACAAACGACUACUAUCUGGGCUUCUGAUGCUGGUGUAGUGUCUUCUCCUGCCAAUCUGAUCUGGAAGAAUCAAAAAGCUUGGGCCACUGGGGCAGAUGUGAAAGUAGUUCUCAGGAAUUUGCAGGGAGAGGAAGUGGCUGAGAGAAGCACAAUUUUUACCACCACUCUUAUUGAGGAGGAAGAGGAAGAAAUCGAGAUUAAAGAUGAAGACCUUUUCCAUCAACAAGGAGACCCAAGAGCAGCCAACAGAAGCUGUGCCGUAAUGUGAUCAUCUUCCAAGACCACUUCUUCAAAAACAUACUGCCUAUGUUAAACUUUUACUAUUUAGAAAUUGAAAAUAUUUUUGUAUUUCAGUAAUUUGUAUUUUAGAUAUUUUGUUAAUUUCUUUUUGUAUACAUGACGUGGUUCAGGACUUUUUUUAUACUGUUACUGAGAAUUUUUAGAACAUUGCAAGGAUUAGAAUUUAACAAAACCUAAUGUGAAUGACUUUUUAAAACUACAGAAGAUGUUUAUCUGAGCAUGAUUACAGAUCAAACCAAUGAGAUGUAAUUUGUGUAGAUGCAGAAACCAGUCAUUUUGGGCAGCUUGCAAAUGUUACUGAACCUUGACUUAAAACCUGCAGCAGGAAAGGGGCGAAUAGGCAUCUUGGUAAAGACUUAUAAAUUUACAAUAGCACAGCACUGAGCUUAAUCUUAAUGUCUUUUUUUAAUGUUUAAACCACUUUGGCCAAAAUGUAACACAAACUGGGUUGAACAUUUCUUGUUUGGUAGCAUUUCCUUGUAGUGAGGGGAACAUGGUGUGCUUGAAUGCAAUGUUUUAAUGUAGUGGUGACCGGCUUGAGUUUUCAUGGCAAAUAUAAAUAAAACAUUGUUUAAUAAAA